UCCUCGGCUCCGCCCGGUCCCUCCCUGCCUUUUAGGCGCCCGCGCGUCUGGGACAUCCCAGUCCCGCUCGGUCCUCCUCACCCGCCACCCGUACGCCCAGGCCGCGAAGCCAGCCCAGUUCGCCUGUCCUUACCGCCCGCCGGCAGGCCCGCCCCCCACCGCAGCCAUGGACGCCAUCAAGAAGAAGAUGCAGAUGCUGAAGCUGGACAAGGAGAAUGCCAUCGACCGUGCCGAGCAGGCUGAAGCCGACAAGAAGCAAGCGGAGGACCGCUGCAAGCAGCUGGAGGAGGAGCAGCAGGCCCUCCAGAAGAAGCUGAAGGGGACAGAGGAUGAGGUGGAAAAGUAUUCUGAAUCAGUGAAGGAUGCCCAAGAGAAACUGGAGCAGGCCGAGAAGAAGGCCACCGACGCUGAGGCAGAUGUUGCCUCCCUGAACCGCCGCAUCCAGCUGGUAGAGGAGGAGCUGGACCGGGCACAGGAACGCCUGGCUACAGCCCUGCAAAAGCUGGAGGAGGCCGAGAAGGCAGCUGAUGAGAGUGAGAGAGGAAUGAAGGUCAUCGAAAACCGGGCCAUGAAGGAUGAGGAAAAGAUGGAGCUGCAGGAGAUGCAGCUGAAGGAGGCGAAGCACAUCGCUGAGGAUUCAGACCGAAAAUAUGAGGAGGUGGCCAGGAAGCUGGUGAUCCUGGAAGGAGAGCUGGAGCGCUCAGAAGAGAGAGCUGAAGUGGCCGAGAGUAAAUGUGGGGACCUAGAGGAGGAGCUGAAAAUUGUUACCAACAACUUGAAAUCCCUGGAGGCCCAAGCGGACAAGUAUUCCACCAAGGAGGAUAAAUACGAAGAGGAGAUCAAACUGCUGGAGGAGAAGCUGAAAGAGGCUGAGACCCGAGCAGAGUUUGCCGAAAGGUCUGUGGCAAAGUUGGAGAAAACCAUCGACGACCUGGAAGAUGAAGUCUAUGCACAGAAGAUGAAGUACAAGGCCAUCAGCGAGGAGCUAGACAACGCACUCAACGACAUCACCUCCCUCUGAGCCCCACACCAGUGUGGCGGCCUCAGCCCCCGUCUUUCCUCUCCUUUCCAUUCUCUCAGUGGGGAGAGGGACAGGCCAGAGGAGCAAACAUUGACAACAUCACACAGCCAUGCUGGCAGCAGCCUAGGGAGAGCCACCAUCCUACCCGCUGCCCACUCUGCCUCUGGCUUCACCCUUCUAUCUACACCCCUCUCCACCUGCUGGCCUCCACCUCUCUGCUGCUUAAUAAACUCUGAAUUUGG